GAGGUGAAAGUUUUACAUUUUCUAAUUAAACAAUACAAAAUGGCGUCCGAAGAAGUGGAACAAAAAGUCCAAAUCUUUCUCACAUAUUUAAUUCAAAAGAAAUUCACGAGUACUUACGAUUUAGCUCAGAAAACGGUCCUACUACUAAGAGAUAUAAUAUCAAAAUCAAAAUGGGCCAAUCCUAGGGAGCUAAUGGAGAGGGUGAGGGAGGAUGGGAAGAGAAUCAUUACAGCUCAAGCCGGGGAAAAUGUUGUGUGUAAUAUGGUCAGAAGAGUUCUUAAAAUUAUUCGCGAAGAACUUGUAAGGUGUCUGAGAGGAUCUGAUUCUGAGAGCAUGGACCUCAAGGAUUCGUUACAUACUAUGCUAAAAGGAGGUGAAGAUUACGAUGAUCUAUCAAAGCCUGUUCCUAAUUUAAAAGGUGCUGUCAUUGAAGCCAUACACGAAUUAUUAGGAGAAAUGGAAGAAAGUGCAUCCAAUAUUGCAGCACAAGCAUUGGAUCACAUUCAUUCCAAUGAGGUCAUUAUGACGUCAGGGCAUUCUAAAACAGUAGAAGCAUUUCUUAAAGGUGCUGCUAGAAAGAGAAAAUUUCAAGUGAUUGUAGCGGAAUCAUCACCCUCUUAUCAAGGUCAAAAACUAGCUCGUAAUUUAGCUGAAGCAAAAAUCGAAACGACCGUAAUUACCGACUCGGCAGUUUUUGCUCUGAUGUCAAGAGUUAAUAAGGUGAUAAUCGGAACUCAUACAGUAAUGGCUGAUGGAGGAUUAAAAGCUUUAAAUGGAGCACAUGCUUUAACAUUAGCAGCAAAGCAUCACUCAGUUCCAGUUAUUGUUUGUGCUGCCAUGUUCAAACUCUCUCCAAAAUUUCUCUGCUCAUACGACCAAGAUACAUUUAACAAGAUAGUGUCACCUCAUGAUAUACUGGGAUUUACUGAGGCCGACCUAGUAUCCAAGGUUCAUGUACAGAAUCCUGUAUUCGACUACGUCCCUCCCGAUCUAAUUAAUUUAUUUAUUUCUAAUAUUGGUGGUAAUGCCCCCUCUUAUGUGUACAGACUGAUCAGUGAACUCUAUGAUGAUGACGACUCAGAUUUGUAAAUUUUUUCUCCCUAUAAAAUCUCUCUCCCUUUCGGUGCAUUAUAAUUAUUAACCAUUAAAAAAGACUUAGUUAUUGUA